GGCUGGAGCUGGACACGGCAGAGCUGAGCCGUGAUGACAACCACUCAGAAGCACAACCUCUUUCCGCCAGAACCUCACUACAUCCCUGGCUAUGCUGGCUUCUACCCGCAGCUGCGCUACCAGGUGGGGGACACCUACGGGCGCACCACGGCGCAGCUGCUCACAGACCCCAGCGUGCGCAAGAGCCCCUGCUCUGUGCUGUCCCCCAUAGCCAAGCCCAAGUUCAUCGAGGACUUCAGCAAGUCCAAGCCGCCUCUUGUGCCCUGCCGUGACCUGACCGAGCCCUACCUCCCCCACUACACUGGUCGGAAGCCCUACAAGAACUUUGAGGUCCUGGGCCGGUUCCCACCACAGGGGGUGGAUGCCCAGGGGCCACUGGAGGCAGAGAAGGUUGCCUGGCCAGCCCCACUGCCUGCAGGGUUCAUGCCCUACCCCCCCUACCCGCCAUGCCCACCAGGCAGGAAGGGGGACUCCAGGGACCUCGGACACCCGGGCCUGCGGCUGGCCUUAGGGGAAGAGGGCUGGAAGAGCACCACCCCUGCCCACGAGGCCCCCGGGCAGUACCAGCUGUACCACUGCAGGCAGGAUAAGUACCCGCCCCCAGGGCGCCAGCAGGAGACCCUAGACGUGGGCAGGCUCCACGGGCUGCCGCAGCUGGACCACCCCAACCUGAUCCAACGCAAGGCCAUCUCAGGCUAUGCUGGCUUCAUCCCCCGCUUUGCCUGGGUGAUGGGGAUGAAUUACCAUGAUGGGCUCAUGCAGGCCAUGGAUGAAUUUGACAAGAGCCAGUUCCUGCUCAGAAAUCCCAUCUGCGCCCUGGGGGAGAGGCUGCCCAGAACGCACUGGCCCAGCAACGCCAUCUACAACAGCCAGGGCCUGAGACCUUUCUACAUGGGGUUCAUACCAUCCGCACAGGACAACUACGCGCUGACCUUCGGCAACAGCACCCGAAAGGCCUAUCAGAAAGAAAUGGAGAGGCGAAAGCAGCCACUAUGAAAAGGCUUUAAUGGUGGUGUCUGUACAGCAUGUGAUGUCGAGACAGGAAGAAGAACAGAUACACACACGAUGAGACGGAGCUAUCAGAGAACAGGCUGGGAGUGAAUAAAGAGGUCCCUCGGGUACCACACGGCCCUA